AAUGUAUUAGUUAUGGAAUAUCUUGGUAGUGAUGCUACUCAUUCAUAUCCAGAUUUAAAAGAUAUAUCUAAUAGUAUGGUCAUGGAUAUCUAUAUACAGGUUAUUACAAUAAUGAGAGUUAUGUUCAAUAAAUGUCAUCUAGUUCAUGGUGACUUAUCUGAGUUUAACUUAUUAUUAUCUCCUCAAGGUGUGGUAUAUGUUAUUGAUGUAUCACAAUCUGUUGAACAUGAUCAUUAUCAAGCAUUAGAUUUCCUUAAAAGGGAUAUAGUCAACAUAACACGUUUCUUUCGUAAGACUAUGAUUAACGAACAUCAUCAUGAUCAUCAUGAUGAUCAACAUCAACAUCAACUACAUCUUCUACAUGUAAAUACUCUCUUUGACUUCAUUAUUACUCCUGAUGUUCCUUCUAUUCAUGAUAUAUUAUUGGGAUCUGAAGAUGAAUUACUGCUAGAACUAUUACCAGAUACAGCUAGAACACAUCUUACUCCUUCUGAACAGCGAUGGUUACUUGCAUUAUUAUCAACUAAUAGUAGUAGUAAUGAUGAAGAUGAUGAUGAAGAGAGGUUAUUCCUUGAUACUUGGAUACCAUCUACUCUAAAUCAAUUUAGUGAUCUAAUGGAGAUGGAAGAGGAAUUAAGUAAACAUGCUAAAGGUGAGAGGAGUGUAUAUAAUCGUCUAUUGGCUACACAUAAUAACAACAACAAGGAUGAUAAUAAUGAGGAAGAUGAUGAUGAUCACGAUGAUGAAGAUGAAGGGCAGCAGCAGCAGGAGGAGGAAGAAGAAGAGGAGGAGAGUAAUACUGAUCAUGCUGCUGAUGUUGUUGGUGGUGGUGGUAAUGCUGAUGGGCACAUACCAGAAGGUAUCACUAAGAGUGAAUGGAAGAAGAUAGUUAAAGAGAGGCGACGGGCUAAACUUGAGACCAAAUGUCCUAAACAUCUGAAGAAGAGAUAUAGGGCAAAGGCUGCUAAUCGAUAA